AUGGAUGGAAACGUCACAUUAGGAAGAGGGCAAGUGUACCCAAUUCAAAAUUACAAGAGAGGUGCAAAAGUUUGGCAUCGAGAUCCAAAUUUAGUAUGGAUAGGUGGAGACCUUGAAGAUGAUGUGAAUUUCGAUACAAGAAAAGUAAAAAUUCUAUUGGAAGAUGGAAACAGAGUUGAAAUUGAAAUAAAAUCCCUAGAACAGUUACCGUUUCUGAGGAAUCCUUCGAUACUAGUUGGAAAGGAUGAUCUCACAUUGCUUUCAUAUCUCCACGAGCCCGCUGUCCUUCACAAUCUUCAGUUUCGAUUUGUUGAACGCCAGACGAUUUACACGUACUGUGGUAUUGUCCUUGUCGCGAUUAACCCAUACGUCGAUUGUUCACAUAUGUAUAAUGAUGAUAUAAUACAGGUAUAUCGAGGGGCUGGAAAGUCAGUUCGUGAACUCGAUCCGCAUAUUUUCGCUGUUGCUGAGGAGGCAUAUUAUGAUAUGAAAGAAUUUUCAAAAUCGCAGUCAAUCAUUGUUAGUGGAGAAUCGGGUGCUGGGAAAACUGUUUCUGCCAAGUUCGUUAUGCAAUAUCUCGCCUCAGUGGCUGUAAGUAGAAAAUCGGGAGAAGACGGAAUUGAAAAGCGCGUUCUCGCCAGUAAUCCGAUAAUGGAAAGCAUCGGAAAUGCGAAAACUAUUAGGAACGAUAAUUCGUCGAGAUUUGGAAAAUUCAUACAGAUAAAUUUUUGUGAUCAUGGACGUAAAAUUGCGGGCGCCGAAAUGAAAACAUAUCUUCUGGAAAAAAGUCGGUUGGUGUUUCAAGCUCCUGGUGAGCGUAACUACCAUGUGUUUUAUCAAAUGUGUGCGGGACGGUACCAUCCAGUUAUCAAAGAUUUCCAUUUGGGAUCUUGUGAAUCGUAUGCUUAUUUAACUCAGGGCGGUGACAGCAGAAUUCCUGGAGUUGAUGAUAAAAUUGAUUUUGAGAAACUAAUCAAAGCAUUGCAAAUGUUGGGAUUUGAAGAUGCCCAAGUUUCUGAUGUGUUCCGUGUGCUCGCUGGACUUUUGCUUCUUGGAAAUGUGCGCUUUGAAAGUGGGGAAGGAUGUUCUACAGUUACGGGCUCCAGCCAAAACGACAUUAGUCGCCUUUGCGCCGAACUAUGGGAAAUUAACGAGGAUGGUUUGAAAAUGUGGUUGACGAGGCGCGAAAUUAAAGCAGUAAAUGAAGUAGUGGUGAAGGCAUUGACAAAUAAUGAAGCGACUAGAUCUCGUGAUGCCCUCACCAAAAUGAUCUAUGCGCAGCUUUUUCAUUGGCUUCACGUGUUCAAAUUGGAACAAGAGGAGUACAUUCGAGAAGAAAUCGACUGGGUUCGGGUUGACUUCCAUGAUAAUCAGCCGGCUAUUGACUUGAUUGAAGGUUCCGUUGGAUUAAUCAAUUUGCUCGAUGAACAGUGCAAGAGGCUUAAUGGAUCGGACGGCGACUGGUUGAGCCAGCUGAGCAAUAGUGCUGAACUAAAGAGAAAUCCACAACUCGCAUUCCCUCGUGUUCGUUGCAACGACUUCAUUGUUCGUCAUUUCGCAGCUGAUGUCACCUACACAACCGAUGGUUUUGUUGAGAAGAAUCGAGAUAGCAUUGGAGAUCAGCUAAUCGAGGUCAUUGCUUCCAGUCGGCGCCCAUUCAUGCGUCAGAUUGUUAGAAGUAUGCUAACUGUAGAAAAGAUGUCGAUUCCUGGAAGAAAAAGUGUCAAGAGGACGGUGGCUAGCCAAUUUAGAGAUUCACUGAGAGAGCUUAUGAAUGUUUUGUGCUCGACGAGACCUCAUUAUGUGCGAUGUAUUAAACCAAAUGAUAGUAAAAUCAGUUUUGAUUUUGAGCCUAAACGAGCUAUACAGCAGCUAAGAGCUUGUGGAGUAUUAGAGACUGUCAGAAUUUCGGCAGCAGGAUUUCCGUCGAGAUAUCCGUUUGAUGAAUUUUCUCGUCGUUAUCGUGUACUUCACACCAAAAAAAGAGCGAUGUGGCGAGAUGAGCCUCGUAGGUUUGCCGAAGUUACGUGUUCCGAAUGCCUUGAGAAUGGAAAAUAUGCACUUGGUAAAACGAAAAUAUUCUUGCGAACCGGACAGGUAGCUGUUUUGGAGCGAAUUCGCCUUGAAACCCUCUCGUUGGCAGCAGUGAUGAUUCAAAAGACUUGGAAAGGAUUCGUCACGCGACGAAAAUAUGAGAUUAUGAAGAAGUCGUUGCUCAUUGUGCAGGCUUCUUUGAAGGCGUUCCUGGCAUUCAGAAGAAUGAAGUAUUUGCAAAUGCAUAGAGCUGUUAUUGUGAUGCAAUCGGCUGUCAGAGGCUUUAUUCAAAGAAGGAAACAUGAGAAGAUUCGCGCAUCAGUGAUCGCGAUUCAAGCCGCUUACAGAGCAAGUCUUGUUCGAAUUUAUGUUGAAAAGGUUCGCUAUGAGAAAUCCGCUAUCACCAUCCAAUCGGCUUGGCGCGGGUAUCAAGUUAGAAGGGAACAAAUUGCGAGAAGAAAGAAGAUUGUAAUGGUCCAAUGCGCUGUAAGAAAAUGGCUUGCCAAGAGGCGGUUGAGAGAAUUAAAGAUCAAUGCGCGCUCUGUCGAUCAUCUCCAGAGACUGAAUACUGGUUUAGAAAAUAAGAUAAUUGAGCUACAGAUGCGUUUGGAUAGCACGACGAGUCGUUCGAAGGAGGAAGGCGAAAAGUUGACGACUACGCUAAGAGAUUUGGCUCGAACCAAGGCCGAUUUGGCCAUAAUGGAAGAGGAAAGAUUGACUUUACUCGAAGCAAAAAACCGUGCCGAGGUGCUACAGCUCGAAGUCGAGCGUCUCGAGACGGAAUGCGACUUGAAGGAGGCGCUUCGCGGUGGAAUGGAGACGAAAAUGGUGGAACUUCAAAGCAAGUUGGAUAAGAUGGAAUCUGAAACUACUCUCAAAGUCGCCGAAUUGAUGGAACAGCUUGAAAAGGCUAAGAAAGACCGAGAGGUGUGGGAAGAAGAGAAGGGAAAACUCCUUUCUGAGCUGAAUACAGAGAGAGCUGCACGAAGUGCGUUAGAUGCUGAAAUCGUUGCGAUGAGAGAUCAACUGAUGAGGAAUGUCAAUCUUUUCGAGUCCGGGGCGUUUUCUCGAAUGUCCAGUAUGAGAAGGUCUAAUAAGGACGAUGACUCAUCUCGCACAACGUCGAACGUGUCACAGAUCAAUUCGUUAGCUGAUCCCCCAACAACUGUGCCAGCGACAUCUUUAUCGAUACGGGGAUCGCCUGAAGCGCAACUCGACGAUGUUGCGCUUAUUAUUCGACAGCAAAGCAUGAUCAACGAAAUGAGGCAACGUGUUGAACACUCGCAACGUGAAACCGCUCGAAUGAAGGCGAUUCUUGAGGCUUCGAGUUUGAUUGAAUCGCUCGACAAGAAAACAUCGCUUCGAGCAUUUGAAACAAAUAAAAUGAACGACCUUGAAAACGCCUAUAAUCGUUUGAAGAAUGACAUGGAACGACUCACCAUCGAGAAGCAAAGACUUGGAUUGGAACAUGUUAAUGUGCACUCGGUGUUUGAGCGGAUAAUGGAAGAGAAUGAAAGGUAUCGAGAAGAAUCAGCUGAACUGCGUGCAAUGCUUUCAAAUCAUUUUGAACGUCAGUCUGUCGCUGGUGCUGAUUCCGAGGAUGGCAGCAGUGGCGACCUUGAAGAAGAUCUUUGUAUUGAACGUCAAUGCCGGCAGUUGAAGAGUCUUGCUGAGAAUUUAACAAAAAUGCUGACUACACAAAAUCAGGAAAUGGAGCGAUUGCGACAGCAGCGAAUACAUGAGUCUCAAAUUAAUUUCCGUUUUCCUCGCGUUUUGAUGGAGUUUGACGACGUUGGCACCUCGGCGACGGUUGUGACGCCGACAAGCGUUAAAGCGCGCAUGACCUCGUCGACAUCUGACUAUUAUUGUAUGACGUUUGAUGAGCCGGACGACGUGAACGAGGAUGAGAUUAGCAAUUCGAGCAAGGCAGUCAUCAUUCAAAGGCCUUCGGAUUGCUCGUUAGAAGAGGCUGUUCGAGGAGUGCACAAACAUGUUCAAUUGUUGGCUCAGCAGAAUAUGGAUCUUAACGAGAAACUUGCCCGUCAAUCGGACGAACUUGCCGAGGCUCGAUCGCAACUUCGCGGCUACAGUGGACCAUUGGGACUAGAGCACACAUCGGACGAGGACAUAAUUAAGCUCGAGGCUUUCCAGAAGGAUUCGGUGACACAUUGCGGAUUAUUAGAGGUGUACAACGUGCCCGAGUUCGCGCGAAUUAUUGUUUGUGAAUUCAAGCCUCGAAUUGCUCGCCUUUUGACGAAAAACUUACCGGCUUACCUUCUGCUCGCCGCGUUCCGUGUUCACGAUGAGAAUAAAGACGACACGGCACUCACCAGUCUUUUUUCUUCGGUCCACAUUGUACUCAAAGAUACGAUAUCGAGUUCGCACGAUCUUGAUAUUUUGUCGUUAUGGCUUGUGAACAGCUGGCGGCUGUUCAAUUUGCUUCGCCAAUAUGGUGGAGACGAUACGAAUCCAGAAUGGCAAGCGGCGAACACCGAACAGCAGAAUCGAUAUCGCUUCAAGUCCUAUGAUGUGGCACCGAUUCGCGAGCAACUAAAACUGCGUGUCGAAGAGAUUUAUUCAAAUUUGAUGAAGAAGGCAAUUGAGCAUGUAUUCUCGCCGAAAAUCGUGCCGGGCAUUCUGCAACAUGAAAGCAGCAGUGAUCUUAUGACGGCUGGACAGGAGAGAAGGGGACCUGCGGGAGGCGCGAAGAAGGGAUUGGAUGACUUAUUGCAAUUUAUGGACCUUGUACAUGCCAAAUUGGUCACAUAUGGAGCGGAUGCUAUUAUAAUCAACCAAGUUGUUGGACAAAUGGCCCAUUGGAUGUGCUCAUUGGCUCUGAACUAUAUGAUGUUCCGCCGGGAUUUGUGCAACUUCGAAAAAGCUAUUCAAAUCAAACAUAAUGUUACCGAAAUUCAAUCUUGGUUAUCUUCGAAAGGACUUGCUGGAUGUAAAGAGCACCUCGAUCCGCUCGUUCAAGCUUGUCAUUUGCUUCAAAGCCGGAAGGACGCCUCAAACCUUGAUACGCUUUGCGGCGAGAUGACAAGCAAGUUAAAGCCGCGACAGGUCGUCGCAAUCCUUCAGCAUUAUGAUCCGUCCGAUGACAUGGAAGAAGGUUUAUCACCGGAAUUGCUUGUGAAAAUUCAGAAGAAACUUAAUGAGAGAGCGAUUCAGAAUGGAGAUCCACCAGAGGAGAAAGACACACUUCUGAUGAUCGGCACUUACUUGCCUCCAUUCGACACCCAGCCGUUCUCAUAUUCGGAAUAUCCACUCGAAACCCUCAGCUUGCCUAGCUGCCUUCAUCUUCAAAAUAUUUGUCGACUUGCUUGCUCAUUUAAUGCUCCGCAAUUAUUGCCGGAUAACCGAGAAAGGAAUAUUCCGGAGCGAAAAGACGGAUAUCAGUAUUCAAUUGUAACGAUUAAUUUUAAACCUGGAUUGAAGUUCGGAUUGGGAAUUAAGAAUGUUUAUCGAAAUGUCUAUGUUGUGAAAGUAGAAGAAAACUCUAUAGUUUCCACAUUAUUAUCUGUUGCUGAUAGAAUUCUUGAUGUUGAUGGCGAGCCUGUGACUGACAAUACUAAAUGCAAAUCUCUUCUUGUCAAAGGUCUCAAAGAGAAUAAAAUGGUUACGGUACUUGUUGAAAGAGGACAAACUCCAGAAGCAAAAAAAGAAGCAACGGAUGAAAUGAAUGAACAACAUAAUCAAUCCGUCAUGGCUCCUCCAGAUGUUCGAAGUAUUCUGAAGAGGCUAGAACAGAAAGUGAUUGGUGUGAAAGCUAGUAAUGAUGGAGCUUUGACGAAAAACGCAAAUCCAAAAGAUCGAAAAGUUUGUGUUGAAGAGGGUCAUAAAUCGGUUAUGAUUUAUAUGGAUAAUGAGGAAAAGCGGGACAAAUUAAAGAAAGUGACUAAAGAUGAUAAAUAG